UUCACUUUCGUUUCUCUGUCGGAGCCUGCAUCGCGGGUAGGCGAGAGACCUGAACCCCCCCGGGCUCAGGUGCUUCCAGCAGACUCCCUGCCGCUGUCUCUUUGCCGGGGCGUCAUGGCCUCGGCCACCCCGUCCCUCUCGGACGCUAUCGCCACCGACUUCCUGACCUGCUCCAUCUGCCUGGAGCGGCUUCGCCGGCCCAAGAUCCUGCCCUGCCUGCACACCUACUGCCAGGGCUGCCUGGAGGGGCUGCUGGGCGCCGGGCCGGGGCUGCGGUGCCCCGAGUGCCGGGAGGACGUGUCCCUGCCGCAGGGGGUGGCCGGCCUCAAGACCAACUUCUUCGUCAACGGGCUGCUGGAGCUGGUGCGGCCGGCGGGCGAGGCGGGGCUGACCUGCGCCCUGUGCCCGCUGAUCGGGCAGGAGGGCGGCCGCCCGGCCGUCUCCCGCUGCCUGGACUGCGCCGACAGCCUGUGCCAGGCCUGCGCCGCCGGGCACCGCUGCUCCCGGCUCACCCACGCCCACCGGCUGGUGAGCCUGCAGGGUUACCUCUCCGGGGAGCACGACGUGGAGAUCCGGCAGCGCCAGGCCGCCUGGUGCCCCGAGCACCCGGCCGAGGAGGUGCGCUUCUUCUGCCAGCCCUGCGCCAGCCCCAUCUGCCGGGAGUGCCGGCUGGGCCCGCACCUGGAGCACCCCUGCCAGACGCUGGAGGAGGCGGCCGAGGCCCGGCGGCCCCUGGUGGCCGAGCUGCUGGCCGGCGUGGAGGAGACGGCGGGGCGGGUGGCCCGGCGGGCGGCGCUGGAGGAGGAGCUGGAGCAGCUGCGGCGGCACGAAGCCGGCCUGCGGGACGUGGUGAAGCGCGCCUGCGCCGACGCGGCCCGGCGCCUGCUGGCCCAGCAGGAGGAGGUGCUGGCCGCCCUGCGGCGCCACGUGGAAGGGCGCGAGAAGGCGGCCGGCCUGCUCCGGACCGAGCUGCAGCUGCAGGAGCAGCUGGCCCGCGGCACGGCCGACGUCGCCCGCCAGGUGCUGGCCCUGGGCCGGCCGGUGGAGAUCGUCUCGCUGGAGGCCUUGCUCACCCAGCGGCUCGCCCGGCUCCGGGGCUUCCACUGGGAGCCCCUUGGGGGGCCGCGCCCCCGGCUGGUCGUCCGGGCCGAUCUCCAGAACCUGAGCAGCCUCUUCCAGCUGGACACGGGCGAGGCCGAGACCCAGGGCCGAGGGGAGGGCAGGGCCCAGCAUGACGCCCCUUCCCCGGAGCUGCUGGCCCCUUCCCUGGAGCCGUCGGCCUCUGCCCUGGAGCCACGGGCCCCUUCCCUGGAGCCGUCGGCCUCUGCCCCGAAGCCACGGGCCCCUUCCCUGGAGCCGUCGGCCUCUGCCCCGAAGCCACGGGCCCCUUCCCUGGAGCCAUCGGCCUCUGCCCCGAAGCUGCCGGCCCCUUCCCCGAAGCCAUGGGCCUCUUCCCUGGAGCCGUCGGCCUCUGCCCCGAAGACACGGGCCCCUUCCCUGGAGCCGUCGGCCUCUGCCCCGAAGACACGGGCCCCUUCCCUGGAGCCGUCGGCCUCUGCCCCGAAGACACGGGCCCCUUCCCUGGAGCUGUCGGCCUCUGCCCCGGAGCUGCCGGCCCCUGCCCCAGAUCCACCCUCGUGCCAGCCGCCCCCCACCGCCCGCUUCUCCUGCAGCUUCUCGGUGCGGGUCCCCGGGGACAAGCAUCGGCCCCGAGUCACGGGGCUUUGCCCCCUGGGCUCCAAGGAGCUGCUCCUGGCCGACGAGGAGAACCGCAGCCUCAAACGCUUCUCGCUGCAGGGGGACUUCCGGGGCGCCGUCCCGGUGCAUGGCGGCGCGGCCCCCUGCAGCGUGGCGGCCGUGGGCAGCCGGGUGGCCUACACCGCCGGCUCCCGGCUCUACCUGGCGGAGCGGGACGGCGCCCUGGUCUGGCAGAAAGCCCUGCGCCCCACCCAGGCCAGCCACGCCGUCACGCCGGCGGCGGAGGGGGGCGAGGCCGUGGCGGUGAGCGUGGCGGGGCACCUGGAGGUCUACGAUGCCCGGGGGGAGCUGGUGGAGAAGAUUUUCCCGGACGGGCACGACCGUCUGGCCAUGGUGUUCGUGGCCGGCCGGCGCGGGCGCUACGUGGCCUUGGACUGGCACCGGCGCAGCGUGGUGGCGUUUGAUGGGCACGGGCAGCUGCUGGCGGAGCUGGGCGAGGAGCGCCUGGAGCGGUGCCAGCCGGGGGCCGUCUGCGCCGACGACAGGGGCCAUUUCUACGUGACCCUGCGGGAGCUGAACAAGGUGAUGGUGUUCGGGCCGGGCGGGGAGGCGCUGGGGCCCUUCCUCACCACCCGGCACGGCAUCGAGCGAGCCCGGGUGGCCACCGUCACCGGGGACGGGCACUUCGCCGUGGCGCUGAGCGAUGGCACCGUCCACGUCUUCCGCAUCCAGUACCCGGGUCAGUGAGCGGGGGGAGCACGGGGACGGGGAGCUGAGAAGAGUGAGAGUGUGUGUGUGUCAGUGUGUGUAUCGGUGCGUGCAUGUGUGUGUGUGUCAGUUCAUG